AUGCCUUCACAAAAUGGGGUUGCAGAUGAACGCACAAAGCUUUUCCCAUUAAAUAUAUCCAUCAUAUCAGCAAAGCUGCAUGGUGUUAGUGGUUUAUUUAAUAAGCCACCAGACGUCUAUGUAGAAGUGAUUGCUGAUUCUAUCACUUCGAGAAAAACUGCUGUCCGAAAAAAGACAAAUGCACCACAAUGGGAUGAACAAAUACAGAUUCAAAUCCAUGAAUCAUCAGUUCUUGAAUUUCGUGUGUUUGGAAAAUCAAAAUUGUUCGAGGAUUCACUGAUUGGUCACAAAAUAUUGAAAAUGUCCCAUGCAAUCAAGAAGGAAUCAGAUAAUGGAAAAUUCGACAAUACAAAAAUGACGCUGCACCUUUCUUCACCGAAAGAUAUGGCAAGAAUAGGCGAACUGAAGAUUUUGGUAUCUGGUAUCGUUAUACGUCCCAAGAAAAAAAGUGUAGACAGUAUACAGUUUAUAGGAGGUAGUCAUAUUGUGGAAGGUCACGUUGGUGAGGCAUCCACUUCUUGUCCAAAUAAUAUGACGAAUGGCGCUCUUGUUACUACUACAGUCAGCAAUACUGCAGCAACGAAUAAUGCUAAUCGCAAGAAUAACCCUGGUAAAAGUAGAGACACUAUGCUUUCGCAAACUCAUGCUGCUUCAACUGUAACUGAAGAACGUUUACCGGAAGGAUGGGAAUUGCGUUACGAUGCUUACGGACGAAAAUAUUAUGUAGAUCAUACAACAAAGAGUACAACAUGGGAACGUCCAAGCACAACGCCAUUACCAUCUGGAUGGGAGAUGCGGCGUGACCCUCGAGGCCGUGUAUAUUACGUAGACCACAACACAAGGACAACCACGUGGCAGAGACCUACAGCCGAUAUGCUAGAGGCACACGAAUUAUGGCAGUCUAAUAGGGAUCAGGCAAUGCAUCAGUGGGAGCAAAGAUACUUGCUACAGUCAAAUGCAAUGAUAUCAAACGAUGACCCGUUGGGUCCAUUACCAAAUGGCUGGGAGAAGCGUGCUGAUCCAAACACUGGACGUAUAUAUUUUGUUAACCAUGUUAAUAAAACAACACAAUGGGAAGACCCUCGCACGCAAGGCGUAUCAGAUGAGCCGCUACCAGACGGUUGGGAAAUGAGAUUUACGGAACAAGGAGUACCUUUUUUUAUUGAUCAUAAUACGAAGUCAACCACUUACAAUGAUCCUCGUACUGGAAAGCCUGUAGGACCUUUAGGUGCAAACGGAUUGCCGAUGAGUUUCGAAAGGACAUUUAGAUGGAAAAUAGCCCAAUUUCGGUAUUUGUGUCUGUCGAACAGUAUCCCAAAUCACGUGAAAAUUGGUGUCUCUCGCAACAAUUUGUUUGAGGAUUCAUAUCAAGAGAUAAUGAGAAAGAAUCCGGUGGAUCUUCGUAGGCGCCUUUACAUACAGUUCCGUGGUGAAGAAGGUCUCGAUUAUGGUGGUGUUGCAAGGAAUGGUUCUUUUUAUUAUCACAUGAACUUGCAAAUCAAUCCUGCCUCAUUUAUUAAUCCUGAUCAUUUGAAAUAUUUUGAGUGUAUUGGGCGAUUUAUUGCCAUGGCUCUUUUUCAUGGAAAAUUUAUCUACAGUGGAUUUACGAUGCCUUUUUAUAAAAAAAUGCUCAGAAAGAAGUUCACACUGAAGGAUUUGGAAAGCGUUGACGCUGAAUUUUAUAACAGCUUAAUGUGGAUAAAGGAAAACAAUGUGGAUGAAUGUGAUAUGGAGCUCUAUUUUGUUGCUGACUACGAGUUAUUGGGCGAAAUUCGAACUCAUGAAUUGAAGGAUGGUGGUGCAGAAUUGAAAGUUUGCGAGGAAAACAAGGAAGAAUAUAUUGAAUUAUUAAUGGAAUGGCGGUUCAACCGUGGUAUUGAACAACAAACACGAGCUUUUUUUACCGGUUUUAAUUCUGUUUUUCCACUCGAAUGGUUGCAGUAUUUUGAUGAGCGUGAGCUGGAACUACUGCUCUGUGGAAUGCAGGAUGUCGAUGUUGAUGACUGGCAAAGAAAUACUGUUUACAGACAUUAUGCACCGCAAAGUAAACAGGUCGUAUGGUUUUGGCAAUUUGUCCGUUCACUAGAUCAGGUGAAGCGCUCGCGCCUUCUGCAAUUUGUUACGGGGACUUGUCGAGUACCCGUUGGUGGUUUUUCCGAGCUAAUUGGUUCAACAGGUCCGCAGCUGUUCUGCAUUGAACGAGUUGGCAAAGAGAACUGGUUGCCACGUUCGCACACUUGUUUCAAUAGACUUGAUCUGCCGCCGUAUAGGUCGUAUGAACAGCUGGCUGAGAAAUUAAGUAGAGCUAUUGAUGAAACUGAAGGAUUCGGGAAUGAAUGA